AUGUGCCUGCUAAACUCUGCUCCAAUGGCGCUGAGCACAGUGUUGCUAUCAUGUGCUGCCCUCUCCGCGGCAGCAUAUCGUGAAGGCUUCGCAAAGAUCCAGCAGGAGCUCGAGCUGGAGCUCCAGGAAGAGCUGCAGCUCCGUGCCGAGCUAAUGGACGCCUUCGACGCCUUCGAGGCGCUGGAAGGCGAUGUCGCCCUUUUCGGGGAUAUGCGGGAAGGCCGCUUCCUAAAGGCUGCACAGAUGCUGGAUGAGGAUGAGACUUCCGUAUUCAGCCGACUGAAGCUUGGCUUCUCCAGAGGGCAAAACAUUGUGGUCGUGGGAGCUGGUGGGGUCGGCAAGACAGAGACGAUCAAGCUGGCAAUGGAGGACCACAACAAGUCCAAAGCGAGCUUCGAUCUGCGGUCAUGGUACAUGAAGCAGGUUGGCAUGACAAACGAGAACCGUGGCAACUACGUCAAGGGCUACGGGGAAGACGGCAGGUCAGCAGUUAAGGCAGAGCAGCUAAAGCUGCUGCAGGAAGGCCAAGACAAGAUCAAGGACGAGAUCGGAGAGAAGAAAGCUGACAUUCUGUUCUUUGAUGAGGUGGACUUGGGCAACGGCUUUCUCAAUCAGGAUGAGCUUGACGCAAUGAAGUUGCUCCUCGAGUGGGGCAACGAGCUUGCAUCCGACAAGUCCAAAGUUGUGGUGCUUCAUCCUUUGGUCUCCACGCAGAGUGCAGUGCACUCGGUGCUGGCUUCGAACGGCUUCCCAUCUCCAGGUAAUGAUACAUGGAUUGACUUUAGUCAGCCGUACACCGCGAACCAAGAGGCAGCCAUGAUUACUGGCAUCCUUGCCGGCCGUCCCGUUGCGGAAGUCUCGAGUGUCGUGAGCAGGCUUCAGAGCUACUUCAUGGGCAUGCCGAACGCAUACUUGCCUUUCCUCAUUAACAAGGGAGGCAUUCUGAACGACCUCUCCACGAUGCCGCUGGACGCAGCAGAAGAAGCCAUGCGUACGACAGUGAAGCAGAAGAUUGGUGGGAAGCUGAUCCAGAUCAACAUCGGCUUCCAGGCAUCAGAGGCUGCUCGUACUGGAAUCAAGCUACUGCUGGACCACCCUGAUGCCAAGAUCCAGGACGAAGAAGCGCGGAAUGGUGGAGUGGCCGCCAUGGCCUUGGAGAAGCAAGGCACUACAUAUGUCGUUCCUCCCGUGAUGAGGGAUGCCUUCCGCGACUAUUGCAAAGAUGCAUCGGACAAGGACAAGGCGAAGGUGCCCCAAAUUCUACUCAUGGCAGAGCUGCUGCCAGGGAGCGAGAACAGCUCCUCGUCAAUAACCUACGUUCUCAGCUCGUCCAAAGAAGACGAGUCAGACGAUUUCAAUUGUGUCUACAGAUGGUUCAAUGUGUGUCCACAGCACAGAGGGCCAUACCCUGCACCUCAGAACCCAGAAAGUCCGGACGACUUCGUCAUCCGGCUUGAUGCGAUUCAGUCUGUGUGGAUGCAGGCGGGAUGGCUCCUAAUGGCCUUUUUUGGUGGUGGUGCAUCGGUGCUGCUUGCACGAUGCUUCGUCAAGGCUGAGUCUCGUCUCUCGCACAAUUGGUCGCGAAAGGCAGAGACGUGGUUUUCGCCAGAGAGAGAGCAUGUGUUGGAAUUCAUUCUUGGAGUUUUAACGAUAAUAUCCAUUCUUGACUUUGCAGACUCCACGUGUGAGCUUGAGCAGGGCAAGCGCUACUUCGACGCUUGGAAACAGCCGGCUUGGUAUUUGGAGAACUUGACUGCCUUCCUGCUGCUUUUCUCUGUGUCCUUGCGGCUCUACACAGCAGACUUGCGCCUUUCAACCUUCCCUCGCACGCGGUAUUUCUUCACUUCACCGCUUCUUUGGUCAGAUGUCCUUGCCAUGACUCCGACGCUUUUGGAUCUCAUCUUGCCGCAGUACGCCGACCUCUUCCCGAACCUCAUCUGGCUGCGAAUGCCUCGCAUGGUAGACGCGGCGCUGCGAGCCGGACAUAGUGAAGAAGGCUUGGGAAUUCUGGCCAAACUUCUAUGGUCGAACUGGAGUUUGCUUCAGAUCUCAGUCUACCUGCUUGGUGCCAUGUGGCUGGCUUGCAGCACCAUCCACUUCUUGACCGAGCGGGAGAAUGAGGAGUUCUACUGGGGAGCUGAGCCGGGCUACCAUCGGUAUGUCUCCAUCCCUUCUGGCAUGUACUAUGCUUUGAUAGACUUCCAUGGUGAGUUCCCGAAUGCCGACGAGUUCUCCAGACCGCUUGGGCGGAUGAACUCAAUGGUGAUCUGCCUUGUGGGGACGGCCUUGCUCAGCGUUCCUGCAGGCGUUCUUGGUGCAGCCUUUCAGGACCACAUCUCCUCGAGACUGUCCCGCAGGCUUCCCCUUCGAUCUGAGGAGCGUCGUCCCCCACCUUGCUCUGCUGCCUGGGGAGCAUGCAUGGUUGGCUUAGUGUUACUAUCGACUGGCAACUUUGUUUUCCUGACGCGCGUGUACCAGCAGCCUGUGCGGGAGUCAGACACUGAAGGUCGUGCGUACGGUGCGGAUGGAUGGCAAGCCUCUGCGGUUGCGCCAUGUCGCUACCUGGACAUCAUCUUUGCCUUGCCUUUUCUGGUGCACUGGUCGCAGCGCUUGCUUUGCGCUGCGCACAUUCGCGAGUACCUGCUGAGCAGCGUCCAUCUCGCCGAUCUCUUGGCGUGGUUACCAUCCUAUUUCCUGUGCAUCUCCCUCCUGCUGCACGGCAGCUGCCAGGAGUUUCGGGGCAGUCAGCGACAAGCUUACUACAGCAGGGAACAGCUCGCAUUCCAUGGCAUGUGCAUGUUCCGCUGGAUCAAACUGGACAGUUUCUUUGGAGGCAUGUUCGAACAACUCCGGCAAGUCCUCGCCGAGAACUAUGUUAUCUUCAGGAUCACCUUCAUUCUGGCAACGGCUCUUUGGAUAUCAGGGUCUGUACUUAUGUACUAUGCCGAGCGUGACAACCCAGACGAAGGUACUCGGGAUCACUUCCGCACCCUCCCUCUUUCGUUCUGGAUGACUGGACUGGACUUCACCAGCGAAGCUCCUGUGAAUGACCAUUCUGCCCAGGGGAAGGCCGUUCACACGCUCAUCAUGCUGGUGGGUGUCGGCGUCUUCACUGUGCCCAUGGGUGUCUUUGGCGCAGCCUUCCGAGAACGUCUGGAUCAGAUGCAUGCUCAGCUUCUGAUGUCCAGGCCCAAUGCCCCUCGCAAGAGCACGGAAGUUCGUCGGGGUUCGGGCACCGCGGUGCUUCUUGCGCAGGAGGAGUUCGACAACAUGUCCGUUGUCUUCAGCACACUGGCACAGGAACGAGCGUCUGGAGUCUAUCGAGACGUUCAUGACGUGGACGACGAGAAUCUCAUGAGACUGCAGCCUGGAUCUCGUAAAUACCAUUGGUACAGGCUGCUGAUGGGGAAGCGACAUCCAGGCAACGGGGCAGGUGCAAAGUGGCUGCAGCACGCCAUCGUUGCCGUGACUGCACUUUGCUGCUUUGCCUCCUGCGUGGAAACGCUGACCUUCUUUGAUGACUGCGAAGCGACGGCGGCGGCUGCUGAAGACAUGGACACAGGUCUGGGCUUCACUCUGCGUGCUGCGAGCUGCAGCACAUAUAGCCACAUGCUGUCAGCAGUCUCAUUGCUGUGCCUGCUUUGCUUCCUGGCGGAGUUUGUGGCUCGGUGCUGGUCCCAUCCGCAGCCUUGGAAGAUGUUCUUGCAUCCAACGGGUGUGGCAGAUCUUCUGGUCAUCGCAGGCUCUCUUCCGAUCACUUUGGCUUACUUGGGAGGAUUUUCCGUAAGCUACCGGCUGCGGAAUUUCGCUGUAACCUUGCGCCUUUGGCGGCUCGCUGCUUUGGAGCGCUAUGUGCCUGCCUUUGGCGACUUCCUGGAGGUACUUGCCGGACGCGGGUACCAGAUGCUGCAAGUCUGCUAUGUGCUGACGAGCUUUUGGUUUAUCUUGGCUGCGUACAACUGGUACUUUCUCCAUGGCGAGUUCGAAGUGAAAAGUGAAGACAAGACGUUCGCUUGCUGGUACUCGAAUUUCUGGUUUGCAAUGCAAUUUACGCUGAUCCACAUGAGUGGCGAUUAUCCAAUGACUGAGUAUCCUGUGAAAGUCCGACUCGUCCACGCUUGCUCGCUGUUCUCCGCUUGGGCUUUCGUCACCAUGCCGGCAGCCAUGCUAACAUCAGCUUUCCACGAUGCCCUGGAAAAGAGGCGGAUCCUGGCAGCGCAACAGCGAAACCAGGCGCUUAGCAAGAUCGUCCGACUGCUCCGCCGCAUCAUCCUCAGGCGCCGCUUCAGGGGCGUCGCGGAGCGCGCCCUGGCAGAGCACUCCAAGCAGAUGACGUCUGUGGGCCUGGCCAGGAAGAAGUAUCCUCGCUUGGCAUGGUUGUUGAUGUUUCUGCACUCCGAUGAGAGAUAUCUUUUCGUGUUGGGAACAGCGACUGUCUUCCAUGUCGGUGCGGCCACUCUGCGCACUAUCCCACAACUUCAGCCGGAGGCGAUGACGUGGGAUAUUAUCAUGCUGCCCUUCAUCCUGUUCUUUGCGCUGAACCUCUUGGGUCGCGGGUGCACGGCCUUCAUGAACCCCAGCUACCGCUGCUCCGCGCUCUUCUUCGUCUCAAGCUAUCAGCGCAUUCUGCAGCUUGUGGCUUUCUGCCUCUACUUCUACCACCUCGCCAAGCCAGGUGACGAACGACGGCUGAAGCGGGCUUGUGCAGCUCAAGUGAGCUUCAUCGUGAACUUUGGGCAAAUUCUGGGCACCAGCGCAUUGCUGAACCUGGUAUGGGCCGAAGCUGAGCUCCCAGAAGGUAAUGGGCUAGGCCAGGGCCGGCUAGGGCAAGGAGCCUUCUGCAGGACGCACACGUUCCGCCCAACGAUCAUCAGCUACAACUCGGCCAUCAGCAGCAUGGAGAAGGGCCUGGGGCCCGGCCUGGGCUUCCCUCCCUUCGGUGCUCAAGGCUUUGCUGUUAAGCCGAGGAUCGGCCAGUUCCUGUGCAGCGCAGCCAUGGCCUUUGAAGCUGAUAAGGCCUCUGCAGCUGACGUCCUGAGAGAAUGCUUCGGCCAGGGUGGUGACUUCACCAUAACGGUGGAAGAAUGCGCUGGGGAAGACUCUGGCGAGGAUGGGGCGAUCACAAGUCGGUCUGAGUUCAGAGUCUGGUCCGUCCUGCUCGCGAAAUGGUCCAAAGUCUUUGAUAAAAUGAUCAACUCCAACUCCUUUGCAGAGUCUGCGCAAGCCCAAAUGGUCAUCAAAGAUUUUUCUGCUGCUGCCGUGGAGACAUUCUUGCGUUUCCUCUAUUCUGGAGUCGUAGAAGGCAGCAUCCCAACUCUGGUGGAGGUUGGCACACUCGCAGACAAGUAUCAAGUGGACAAGCUAUCGGCACUCUGCUUUCGGGCCGUCCAAAAUAAGCUUCAGCCGGAAGUGGCGUGUGAGCUUUUUGCAUGUGCAGACCGCUUCCAGGUCGCGGAUCUGAGGCGCCAGGCGCUGGAGCAGAUCCUGAUCUACCCCAAAGAGGCACUGAGAACUCGUCCAGUGCUCAAUCCUCGCCUGUUGAACGAGGUUCUGGACUCCCCGCUGCUAUGCAUUGAAGAUGCAGACCUGAUGAGUAUACUGCAAGGUUGGGGCAAGCGAAAGGCAUCGGCAAUUGAAAACGAUGCCGUGCAGCCACUGAUCGACAGUCGAGUGUCCAACUUGCAGAAGCGAAAGCCAGGCGAGCACAGCACGGAUGUCUUGCAGACGCUGUGGAGCCGAUACGCGAACAAUGGGAAAACGGACACGUUCUUGGGUUACUGGGUGUCCAUCAUUCUCGGCACUCCCUGCAUCCUUAAUGGAAUCUACAGAUCUAUUGAUGAAGGGAACAGACUUGCCAUGCUGCAAGGUUGUGCCGCCAAUUCUCGCAACUGCUUGCCCCUGCGAUUCAGCAGGGGGUGGAUUGUGUGGAUGCUUCCCCACCACUCGGUGUACCUCACAGGCUUCUCUUUCGCUCAUGUCAUCUCGAGCCUGCUGCACUUCGAAAUCCUUUGUUCACGAGAUGGCUGUGAUUGGCACCUGGCUGUGUCAUCGGAGAAGCGCGAGAUCCCGGCAAAGAAAUCUUUGAGCUGCAGGCAGCCUCCUCAUCUGGUGAAAUGGUUCAAAUUGCAGGUCUUGGAAGGGGAGUUCAUCAACAACUUUGGAAUACACGGUAUUUUGCAGACAGACUGCAAUGUUUGGGCGCAGGCGGUGGCCUUGCUCGAAGACGCGCGCGCCGAACGGCUUGAGCUGCAGGUUAUCACCUACAAUGCCGCGAUCAGCGCUUGUGAAAAAGGCUCUCAGUGGCCCCUGGCCAUUGCUCUGCUGGCAGAGUUGCCGCAGGUCGCACUGGACCACGAUGUCAUCUCAUUCAAUGCUGCGAUCAGCGCUUGCGGGCGAGGUUCUCAGUGGGCUGUGGCUGCCGCACUACUUCGGCAGCUGCAGGAGACGGACAUGCAGCUUACCGUUAUCACUUACGGGGCCGCGAUUAGUGCUGCAGAGAAGGGUCAGCAAUGGGAAUGGGCCUUGAAGCUGCUUUCAGAGAUGCUGGGGCAACGCCUUGUCGGUAACGUGAUCACUUGCAGUGCAGCAAUUAGUGCCUGCGAGAAGGCAGGGCGUUGGCAAGAGUCAUGGCACUUGUUGCAAGAGAUCGACGAUCUCAGGAUCGAGCUGGACGUGAUAUCGUUGAGUGCUGUGAUCAGCGCUUGUGGACGCGACUCGCAGUGGCGCCAUGCGGUCGAAUUGCUCGGGGACAUGCAGCACCGUCACGUACAAGGCAACCUGGUCACAUACAACAGUAUGCUGAGUGGACUUGAGAAAGCUGGGCAGUGGCAGCUUGCCCUGUCGUGUCUGGCAGAGCUCCAAGACGAGCUGGAGCUCGAUGUCAUAACUUACAGCGCCGUGAUCAGUGCCUGCGAAAAGUGCGGGCGCUGGCAAGAAGCCUUGCUGGUUUUGGUCGACAUGCAGAGACGGCGGCUAAGUGGCAACGACAUCACCUACAACGCAUCUAUCUCCGCAUGCCAGAAGGGCGGCCAGUGGCGCUUGGCCUUGCAGCUCCUUUCUGACUUUGACAUCCUGAGCCUGCAGAGGGAUGAGAUCAGUUACAGUGCUGCGAUCAGUGCAUGUGAAUGGGGCUACCAGUGGCAGAAAUCUUUGCUUCUCCUCGCGGAUCUGCUGUCCUUCGGGUUCGAGACCAACAUCAUCACGUACAACGCUGCUCUCAGCGCUUGUGCUGAAGCCAGCAGCUGGGAACAGCCGUUGCUUCUGCUGACAGACCUGCAGGACCUGAGACUCACCGCGAACACGAUCACCUGCAGCGUUGCCAUCAGUGCAUGCGAGAUGACCAGCCAGUGGUCUGAAGCCAUGUUCCUGCUUGAGGACUUGCAGGCUAACAGCUGCCGCAGCAACAUGCUCACGUACAGCUUUGCUGUGGGUGCCUGCGGAUCUGCGGGUCAGGGUGACAGCCUCUUAUCACUGCUGCUCGCAGUCUCCGGAACGUUCUGGGUCCUGAGUGCCACUCUCUGGUAUCUGGCGGAGGGUGGAGAGCAGGGCAUGACGGACAUGUUCUCCACCUUGUACUACACAUGUAUCUUCCUCCUGGGGGAGUGGUGCUCGUUCGAUUUCUCGCCAGUGGGCGCAGGACUGAGCAUGCUCUACUCCAUCGUCGGUGUUGGCUUGAAUGCCAUGCCCAUGGCGGCUGUCCAGGAUGCUCUUACGAAUAUGACAGACUCAGGUGUGUACCAUCUGAUGAUUGAGCGGCGGAGGCUUAUCCACUCGGGGAGCAACCUUCGAGGCUCUGAUGACUCCGAUGCGCUUGAGCCUCAGACCACGGCUGAAGCGCAAAACCUUCCCCCUUUUCGGGAGUUUGCAAGCGAGUGGUCCUGGCCGCCUGGCCCUGCUCGAGAGGGUCCAAAGAGACGACCUGGUGACCUGCGCGGGCAUCUUUUCGACGACAAAAGACAGCCAGCGCAGCAAAGCCCACAAAAGAGCUGGGCCAGCAAUUGCCACAUUUGCCACGGCCACGUCUUCCUUUGUUUUGGCGCAGAUCGCCAAAGCCCUGGACGGUUCGGAGUUUCUGGGCCGGUCCAUCAAGGUUGA